GGUGACGGUGUCUGAUACAACAUCAGAGACAAGCGGCACGGAAAUGGAGGAGACUCUUCAGGUAGACACACCCGGGCUAGAAGCAGCAGGCACGUACAGCUGUAUCGCGCAGACUGACGUGCACACUCUGUGGAGCUUUGAUGUGGAGAUAACGGUGGUCAAACAACCCAUCAUUACUGUCUCUCCUCAGGUUUAUCGAGCAGCAGAAGGAGCUACUGUAAUAUUCUCGUGUAUAGUUGACAAUAUUGACGGUGUUAGGGGCCAGGACUGGGGGGUUGUCUACAAGAUUAAGGAAGAGGAUCAGGAGUUUGAGGACGUCGGUCUCUCCUACCCUUCAAAUGAGGAGAGUCUCCUCUAUAUCUCCCAGCUACAAACCUCACCUGAUGUGAGGUGUGAAACCUCACCUGGCAGUCACGUGUCACCUAUAUACAGGGAUGGAAAAGUGGAGAUUGUUGAACAACCUCCUGUGUCUGUCAGUGUUAUCACUAACAAACAGCGGUACACAGAAGGAGACACCCUAAUAAUCCGGUGUGUUUUACUACACGACAUUCCUGCUGACUCCCCAGUGGAUGUGUUCUGGAGACAUGGUGACGUGAAGAUAGUCACUACUGGUGGGGUGGGCGUGUUAGCUGAUGGCAGGGUGGCUGAGCGCUACUUUACUACUACCGCUAAUAAUCAGACAACAGAGGUGCUCUUUAUAGAGGAACUAACAAAGAAAAGUGCGGGAAAAUACACCUGCGUGUUUGAUGGCGGAGAAAAAGGUCGGUAUGAGGAUAGUUACGAGAUAUCAGUUCACCCUUCCACCCCCGUCAAUACUAUCGCGAUUAUCAUCUCUGUGUGUUUUGUGCUCAUCCUAAUCAUAACUAUGGGAGUGGUCCUGGCGCUGAUAAUACGACGUUCUAAGACCUUUACCUACGCUGUGGCUGAGAAACAGGGGUCGCCUGCCAUGCAGAAUACUGCCCUGUGAUGGGGCUGAUGUGAUUAUAUUAUCACACGCAAACUCCAAUACGCUACUCCAACCACUCAACCUAAUAUAAUGCAACUGAACAGACAGCAACCAAUUUCUAGAAAGCACUACAAGAAUAAUUGAACCAUUUAUAUUAAUGGAAGAAAUGACUGGGUGAUUUUAAACCACGCCCACGGAAUACCUCACGAUGAUGCUCAAAGGAAAAUCAAAAAUCCUCCCGUUUUUAAACUAAUGGUUUUCCUAUUUUCAUGUUAUGCAUAGUGUCAAGUGCAGAACCGUGAGGAUUAAAAACUGAAAUAAACUUAAAAACUGAUAUAAACUUAUUAAGAAUACUAAACUUAUAAUGAAAUCUCAUAGAAGACAUAAGACAUUUUACGAUAACGUAAAACUUUAUGUAAUGAGAGCAUAAAAACUGUGACGAUAUUAAUAAAAAUGCUGAAAGUUUAAUAGAUUUUUGAAUCUGACAAUAACUGCGUCGAUAUUGAUGAUGAUACUGAACUUUUAUUAGAUUUUUGGUUGAAUAACUUUAAGUUACCGUUUGUAAUCAUUGUUGGAAUUUGUUUUUAU